GCAUUUCAACAGCGAUUUUAUAAAAGCUAAACUGGUCAUAGAUUCUACAAAAAGUAGGCCUUAUACCGAAGUACCCCUGGCUCAAGUCAAUAGUUCGUCAGGCAACUAGUGCACGCGUGCGCAAGGUACACCAUAGAAACUUGCUUGAGAUCGAUUUCACCCAGAAAGGAAGUGGGCCGCUAAAUGUAACAAUCUUUCUGGUCUCCCAUUGGAUUAUUGGCAAAGCUUAUGAAACGGUUGUAUAACCAAAGUCAUUUAUAUAAGAUUUAUUUCUUGGGUCUUGGUGCGCUGCUUUUUUCCUGGAGUAAGUGACUCGGCAAUUCAUUAACUUCAAUGUUUGAUUUCAGAAGAACCGUUACAAGUCGAAAUCUGAAGAGUACGUCUUGAUCCAGGAGUGUGUUCAACUUAAACUUUCAGACUGUCGGUCCAUCCGUACUCUCCGUCCAAAAUGAAUGGUCACCAGAUGACCAUUGCCACAAUAGAUGUGGAGACGUCCUUUGCCAAUGGCCGGGCGCACUCUGAAGCACCGAAAGGCUCUGUCCUCUCGGCGCAUGACAUCAACUACACCGUCCAAGAGGCUAAGUCGUGCUGUAGAACUAAAGACAAACAAAUACUUUUUAAUGUCACUGGUAUAUUUAAACAAGGCAUGACAGCCAUUCUUGGACCAACAGGCUCAGGGAAGUCUUCGUUUCUAGAUGUACUAGCUGGCAGAAAGGAUCCAGCAGGAGUUUCAGGUCAACUUCUGCUAGAUGGGAAACCUGUACCUAAAAACUUCAAAUGCAUGGUGGGAUAUGUGGUUCAGGAUGACGUAGUUAUGGGCACACUCUCAGUGAGAGAAAACUUUGCCUUCUCUGCUGCUCUAAGGUUGCCAUCAUCAAUAAAGGCCUCAGAGAGGAAAGAAAGAAUAAACAAUGUAAUUAAAGAGUUAGGCUUAGAAAGAUGUGCAGACACCAAGGUUGGCAAUGAAUUUAUUCGAGGAGUAUCAGGAGGAGAGAGGAAACGAUGCAAUAUUGGCAUGGAACUAAUUAUUUCCCCUCCAGUUCUAUUUUUAGAUGAACCAACCACUGGUCUAGAUGCAAACACAGCUAAUACAGUCCUCUUGUUUUUAAAAAGAUUAUCAAGGCAUGGAAGAACAGUGAUAUUUUCAAUUCAUCAGCCCAGAUACUCUAUCUACAGACUCUUUGACAGUCUCAUGUUACUGUCUCAAGGCCACACAGUCUAUCAUGGUCCCUCACAUGAAGCUUUAGAGUUUUUUACUUCUCAAGGCUAUGUCUGUCAAGAACACAACAAUCCACCAGACUUUUUCUUAGAUGUGAUAAAUGGAGAUCCUACAACUUUUGGUCGAAAUGCUAUCAGUUUAGAAAAGGAAAUUGAAAGUGAUUUUGAAAAUGCAGCUCAGAGCCAACAUGACAAAUUGGUUGAAGGCUUUCGAAAUUCAAUCUGGAACAAAAAUCUUCAGGAAGAAGCUAAAGGAAUUUAUUCAACAUUUGAAGCUAGAGGUGGACUGAAAGGAGAAAGACAUGAGGCAGUCAACUAUGCCACAUCAUUUUUUAACCAAAUGGUAGUUGUUGCACGGAGAGCUUUAAUCAAUUUAAUCAGAAAUCCACAGACCAGUAUUUUAACAGUUGCCACAUCCAUUGUGUUUUCUGUGAUCAUUGGGGCUAUUUAUUGGCAGGUCUCUGAUGAUCCAAUCAAAGGUUUUAAAGAUAGAUCUGGUGUAUUAUUUUUCUUAAUCAUGAAUCAGUUAUUCUUCAACAUGUCUGCUGUGGAAGUGUUCAUUAAUGAAAGGAAAAUAUUCAUGCAUGAGAAUGUUAGUGGCUUCUAUCGAGUGUCUGUAUACUUUUUGGUGAAAGUUAUCUUUGAUAUCAUACCCCUGCGUAUGGUUCCAGUUAUUGUUUUGUCUGUGAUAGUUUAUUUUGCUGUUGGUUUGAACCCUGGAGCUGAUCACUUUUUCCUAUUUGCAUUUUGCUUGUUCUGUACAACAGUUUCUGCAGCCAGCCUUUGUUUCCUUAUUAGUUCCAUUGUCAGAGUCUUUGCAGUAGCACAGCUUUUAUUAGCACUGUGCUAUGUUCUCAUGAUGCUUCUAGGAGGAUUUCUCAUCAACUUUGAUUCAAUUGGUCCAUGGCUGCAUUGGGCACAGUACUUUAGUCUGUUCAAAUAUUCUUUAUCAAUUCUCUACACUAAUGAGUUCAAAGACAGAACGUUUUGCAGCAGUAGCAACUCAUCUAUCUGUGAAACUGGGAAUUCUUAUUUGGCCAAACAAGACAUGAAGUUUGAAACUCAAUGGGACUUUUGGCAAAACUAUCUGGCUUUAAUUUUAUAUGCAAUCAUUUUGUUUACUUUAUCUUACAUUCGCUUGAGAACUAUGAAGAAAACAACGUAAAUGACCAACUGACUGCAAAUGUUCUAUUCAGGUGAUGCCCAUGUUGGUUCAUAUUUAUAGCAUAACAGAACUAUGUAAAUAGAAGACUUUUUCUAUAUAUUGCAUUCUAAAGACAUUCAGUUGACAAAGAAAUAAGAAGACUUCGUGAUAACUUUAUCCUUGACUGACAAGACUGAAAUUUCUGACUUGACUAUUAUUGUAUGAUGAUUGUUAUUAUCCAUAUUUUAGUACUACGGCCUGUUCAUACAAAUCCUAUUUUAAUGAAUAAUAAUGUAAAUAAUAUACUAUAAUAUUGCAUUUUGUUAUCAAGAUGGCAAAAAAAAAAGAAUCUUUAAUCAAUCUUAAAAACUUUCAACAUGAGAAUUUUUUGUACAUAAAAGGUUUACAUUGUCUUAUGUCCAUGACUGUAGGUAUCUGUCAUUAUUGCAUACAUAGAUCAGAAUCGUCAUAAAAUCAUAAUGAAGCCUUUAUUUCAGCAAUAGUUCUUUCCCUUUUAAAAGUCAUUGAAAUUCGAUAUAAUAUUGUUGUGUACUAUACUUUAGUAAAAAAUAAAUGUGCUUUUUUAACUGUUUGUUACAUUUUCAACAUUAGAUUGAUAGUACAUAUACAUUUGGCCAGUAGCGUUUGGCUCAUUUUUUUUACUGUUCAAACUAAAACCAAAAGUAGCCUCAUUUCAUCUGAAUAAAAUGUUUAAUACCAUACCAUAUUUUUUUAAAAAAGAAUUUUUAUUUUUUUUUUAAGAUCAGUGUUGUUUCAAUUCACACUUUUAAUGCUGACAUUAAUUCAUCUAAGUAGUAGACAUAAAAUAUGCAAUUUUUUCAAUUUCAACUUGUAUGCUGUUAUCACACACAUACUAGAGAUGUUAACUAAUUGGCUUGUAUAUUUAUGUUUUACCUUUACCUUUACCUAUCCCUUAGUCUGUUGGACCGUUGGGGCACCAGGCAAGAUUUGUCGACCGUCUUUCUCCAUUCCUCCCUUUUUUUUGCCUUGAUCAGAACCUCUCUCAAUGGCAGGCCUGUCCAUUCUUUAAUGUUGUCCUCCCAUCGCUUUUUCUGUCUGCCUCUUCUUCUUUUUCCUGGCACUGUUCCCUGAAGAAAGGUCUUUGCGAGCCCCGUAGAUCUUGUAAUGUGGCCAAAGGUUUUAAGCUUUCGUUUUUUCACAAUAGUAAGCAGGUCGUCAUGAGCUCCGAUCGCUACAGUAACCCUGUCUCUGAUUUCUUGGUUUGUGAUGCGGUCUUUGAAUGUGAUGCCUAGGAUCCUUCUGUAGCAUCUCAAUUCCAUUGCUAGGAUCCUCCUCUCAAGCUCUGCAUUCAACGUCCACGACUCGCAAGCAUAUAAAAAUGUGGCCAUGACCAGAGAGCGCAUCAGUCUAAUUUUGGUGCCGAGGGCUAAGCCCUUAUCUUUCCAUAUUAUUUUAAGUUUUGAAAGGGCUGCUGUGGACUGUGCUAUUCGAGCCAAUAAUUCGGGUUUUGUUCCCUCAUCUGAGACAAUAGCUCCGAGGUAUUUGAAGCUGUUAACACUAGUUAGCUUUUCACCUCCAAUACUGAUGCCUCUUUUAAAACCCUGAUGGCUAUUGGUCAUAAUUUGAGUUUUUUCGGCAUUUAUUUGCAUGCCAUAUGCUGCAGAAAUCUUGUCAAUGCGCAUCACAUAUUUAUGUAGAUAUUUUUAUACAAAGUUUGUUGGUUUGUGAGACACAUAAUUAUUAACUAACAUUGUGACAGUAAUUUAAUCUUCUUUCUGAAAUAGCAGCAAAUAACUGAGCUUUGCAAAUAUUCAGUUCUACAUUUUAUGUUCUCUUAUUGAUUGUGUUAUAUUUCUAACCAAAAUGAGUUGUUUUUUUUGUUAAUUAACAAAAUGCAACAUAAUAUUUUUAUACAUUGUUCUUAUUAUGUCUUUGAACAAAAUUCUUAUGUCCAUUGUUUUUUAUUCAAUGACUUUGUAAGUCUGAUUGGCAAUUUCUUUUAAUGUAAAAUAAUUAUUUUAUAAGUAAUGUUCCCAUAUUAUUGUUACUUUUUUCAUUUCAAAAAAUAAAUGGACCUAUACUUCUUGUAAUUUUUGUGAAUAGUCAUUUUUAUAACAAUACAAUUAGCCUACAUUGAAUAUAUCUAAUUAUAGGCUAGUAAAGAUUGAAUUAAACUAGAGUUUGAAAAUUAGGAAGAUUUUAUGACUAUGUGGUUGUUUUCUACAAAUUAAGUUCUAAUUUUCCUUACCCUUUUUUUACACUAAAUCUGGAGUCUCAACUUCCUGCUCAUUCAAAAAGCUUAAUCACUCCUGAAACGUGUCACAGUAAAAAAAGAAAAAAAAAAACCAAAUUUCUUUUUGUAAGGAUCUGAGACAGUUAGCCUACUUCUUAUGUUCAAAAUAAUAUUCUAUUUUUUAUAUAAUAUUAAUAAUAUUUUGAAAUCUUCAAUAGCUGAGUGUGUCUCAUUAAAUUUCAUUCAUUUCAUGUUCCAAUUUUCAUGUCACAAGAUACUGAUCAAUAUAUUUCUAAACCAGUCUAUCAAAUGUGUGCUGGGCUUUUGUAUGAUAUACAAACAAAAAUGAUAUGGCAAGACUACUGUGCUAUUACUAAACAUCUAAAUAAAAAAAAAAAUUAAAAAUCAUUAUUUUUUUUUUAUAAAUAAUCUCAUUUAUUAUAAAAUUAUAUAUGAUACAAGUGGAUCCUAAUUAAAACUAAGUAUAUCUUACUUAUGCUCACAUAGCACCAAAUUUCAGUGUGGUUUUGUUGGAGAGUUUGGUUAAUCAUACUAAGAAUACAUUAUAUGGGGUUUAAAAGUUACCACUGAUAAAGCUAAGGAUGCUUAAGCAAAUAAAGUUAUUGUCAUGAUUUAAAGGCUUUCACACCUGAAAUAUCCACAUUAUAUUAUACAAGAUUAUAUAGUCCUGCCAGAACAGAUUGAUUCUUUCUGCAUUGGUUUGUGGAUUGGAGUGUUGAUUCUUUGUUUGUUUCUAAUGCAUAUAUAUAUAUAUAUAUAUAUUUAUAUUUGGUCCACAGAUUUUGAAUUCCAUCAAGCAGAAGAAAAAAUACAUUAUGUUCACAAUGUAUAUGUUUGUCAUACAAAAGAGAAAGAAAAGUUUGAUCUUUGAUUUUUCUACACGGACGGUAGAUAUUCUUUUCUCGAAAUGAGCGAAAGAGCAUUAAUUAAGUAGUUUGAAAAGAAAUAUGAGCCGUGGAAGAAAUAUUUCAAUGGCUUUUAAAGCUAUUCAAAAAAAUGAGUAUGGCACACAUGCAUUUCAUACAGAUGUAAAUGUAAGUGGACUUAUGUGGCUAUGGUAUGAUUCACUUAUUGCUUAAGACACUUGGAUAGAAUUAUCUACAGGUUUAGUGGGUAACAUAAACAGAUGUAUAAUAUGCAAAAUAAAAAAAAGGAAAAUAAAUAAUGGCCAAUACCCAGUGAAAAAAAUUUAUAACAAAUAAUUGGUCAAACAAUUGUAGAUCAUAGUGUUUAACAUUUAUUUGCGAUCUGUAGCUAUGCAGGUAUGAAAUAUGAGAAAAUUACAUUUUAAAAAUAGAGAUUUGAUACAACAAUAUUUGUGAAGAAAGUUCAGCAGAAGCUAAUGUCAAUGAAAUAUAUCUCACAGCACACAGCAAAGACAAAUAUAAACUGUAAAACUUGAUGAUUAUAUGCAGAUCUCUACGUAGAUUCAAAGUAAAUUUGCAAAAAAAAAAACCCAUAA